AUUGUUGGCCUUAUCUCAUUAUCGGCUUCCGUCUUGUGCAGCUGGCUGCUUGUUCCACAGUUGUCUCCAGUAGCUUCUCAUGCCCGUGCUCGCCUCCGGCAAAGAAUCACCAUGGAUCUCGGCGGACUCCCUGAGCUGCGGCUGGUCAAGUACGCCCGUCUGCAAUCAUGUCUGACAUGGCCAGUUGCGAUGGGGAUGAACACCCUGAACGAGUUCUACCACAACAAGCCGGACAAUCGGGUGGCGGGGUUCAAGGACAGGCGCCACCGACGCCAACUUCUAGAAUUUCAGUUAAGAGAGCCGUUGAAGUAAUUCAAUCAUUUGAUGAUUACAAGAGGUGGUUGGUAACUGAAUAGGUUUUGGUGGUAUGCUGAAGCUCCCUGCCAUACUGAAAAUGAACCUUAAAUUCAGUGCAUGGUUAAUGAGUAAAGUCAGUGUUAAGCACCGUGCUAUUAUACUGUUAGCCACGAAGAUUCUGAAGUUUUGGGCAGAUGAUGUGCACAAGGUUUUCGGUAUCCCAUGCGGUCACCGGAAUGUAAGAGGCCGUGAUGGUUUUAUAAACCCUGAGGCCAUACAGUUCAUAAAAAACACACUUGGGAUGGACAAGACAGGGGCGCACAGUCUCAAGGCGGCAGAGCAAUUCCUUCUCAGGGACAUAAGUGAAUCAUCUAGCAAGCUUGAGAAGGAUUGCUUUCAGAUUGCAUUCGUCAUUUUCGUAAUGGGUCAUGUUUUGGCCCCAACAACCAAACAUGACUAUGGCACGAUAGACUAUUGGGGUGCACUUGCUGAUACGGAAAGUAUAUCACAGUUCAACUGGUGCGAGUAUGUUCUUGAGUGUUUGAUGGAGGUAGUCCGUCGGCUAAAGAAUGACAUGACGGCAGGCAACAUGUCUACUAAUUUGGUUGGUUGCCACUUGUGGUUACAUGUGUUUUUCCUCGACAAUGUUGAUUUAGGGAUGUUCAACAAGAAGCAUGAUGUCCUCCCUCGGAUAAGUGACUUUGACCAAGCAACCAUGAAAAAUAUGAUAAGUAUGUCAACUGACAUUGGCACCAGCGUCCUGUCAUUCUACAACUGUAAGUUCCGCCAUGACGAUGACGUAUGCUAUACUCGACGGAAGCAUCCAGAAUGCGAUCCUAAAAUCAACAUCCAAGGAGCAGGCUUUGGCAAUGACGACGUAUGUAUUGGUGAUGAUACGGCAGCAGUGGCAAUGGGAGUGAAUGAAUCGUCUCCCAAUCUGGAGGUGCAAACACCUCUUCGCGCCCUUGGACCAAUUGAUUUUGCGCAGCAUCUACAAAGGCGGUACCCUAGCAUGGCGUCGCAUCUUCUAUCUAUUUUGUUGAGGGAGCAGAAUGCCAGGUGCCAGCGCGAAAUCAAUACAGCCCGUGCUAAUACCCAGGCUGACAUGAUCAAGUUUGUCGAUAAACUCAUGGAUUUACUCAGCACAAGGUGCAUAUGCUGCACAGCUAGGGGCUUUACUAAUUGCCCAGCUAGAGCUGUUGAUAUACCAACAGGAGCGGAGGUGUUGAGGACUCCUGCAGGUCCUAAAAUUUCUGGAGUGAGACUUGAUAUGUCGGCAUGCUCCGAUGGCAACCCCACGUUAAGGACGACGCGUGAUGAAUCAACAUCUCACCAGCAGGAAAAGAGGCAGCGGACUGCCGAAACGACUAUGAUAUUUCUUAGAGAUCAAAUUGAAUGCUUUGCUAAACAUGUGCUGCAACAGAUUUGUGAGUUGUUCAUUGAUCUCCCGAAUGAUGGGAGCACCACUGUAUUUGGGGAGAGGACGAAUGGACUCCCAGGACGCAAAUAUGUUUAUAGGCCUGGUUUCCAGACUGGCCCCUGGACAAGGGGUGUUAUCCCUUACCCUCCAACGCCAGCGGUUAAGGACCUUUUAGUUGAGUUCUUUGCCACGUCAUCAGCUCACCACCUGUCAAGGAACUUUCUUGUUCAUGAGAAACCUCGGUUCAUACGCAUAUCAGGGGUCACAUUGAAAGAACAGCUGGUCGGGGAUGCGGCAAUCGACCAUGAGCUCAUGUCCAUCAUCAUCCGUCGUUAUUCCCAGGCGGACCAGGAAGCUGACAAGGAAUCACCGUAUCUCUCAUGGAGGCACCCAAUUGAACCUGAGUUCUCGACUUUUGUCUUAUCGGAUUUCGAUUAUCUGCACACAAAGUCGAUUCAGAACCAGCUAUGUGCUAAUGAGCUGAAGUAUGAUAUUACAUCAUCACAGCUGUUCUUCACUCCCGUGCCUAGGCCUGAAGGUUGGAUGGUGGUUUUCUGGGACAUGAUCAAACGGUUCAUCACCGUCAUCGAUCCUCUAUACACCAAGCAAUGCCCACAGCCUCCGACACAGCAACGAGAUGAGAUAAUUGCGUGGAAGCUUCACUAUGCUCUGUUCCACUGCCUUAAUGAAUACUAUGCUGGAUGGCCAACAAGCAAACAUGGUUGGACUGUGAAGUUCAUGCCAGUCAGUGACAACAUAGUUACUCGACAUGAAACUGGUGCUUGCAUCAUCCAUAUUGCUCGCCAAUUUGAUGGGGAAAAGCUCAAGUUGCCCAUCACGAAGGAAUCUAGCAAUCAGCGCUCCAUGGUUGCUGAAAUCAUUUUCCCUCUGCUCUGGGAGAACAUAUGGAUCUGAAUCUGGUAGACCACUAUCAACGAUAGCGUGCACAGGUGUCCUUGGGCUAUCUUCCAAAGCAUCGUUCUGAUUCCUAGCCAUGUCAAUUCCUUCUGUUCAAUGAGCAACAUCUUAAUCAGGUUAGGUUCCCCUAUAAGAAUGAUGUGCCUCGGGAAACAAUAUGCACAUACAAUGCAUUAUUGCACUACUUUUUAUACCUGAUGCCACUAUGUGAGCAGUUAUAACUGGUUCAGCUUCUUGUUCCAUGUGAAUAGGGGAUCCAAUUUGUGCUGCUCCAUCGGGGACUAGGGGUAAUGCUGUUUCAGAGUUCAUUCUGUCAGUGGGUAUGUUUCUAAACCAGGGAUAUGGCAUGAUGAUUUUGCACUCCCAACAUUACCUGACAUGGUCAUCAAUGGAAUUUCAACCGGCGCCACUCCCCGCCCACGUUGCUCUGCAAAAAAAUAAUUGAUUUCUCCUGUCAAAAGUAUGAAACCUUACUUCAGCGGUCAAGUUAUACCAGAUGGUCUAUUACCUUGGUGAUGCAUGAUUCUCGACCGGUUCCUACCUAUGCGUUCAUACCGACUCCGCAUGUCCUCAUCACUGUCUGAUGACUCAAAGCCAAUAUCUGGCUCCAUCACCUGUUUACCAGGGUCAUCUGCUGCAAUUUCCGCUAUGCGGCUGCGGCGCCGAGCUUCGUAGCCUCCUUCCUCAAUUACCACAGGUGGCAGUCGUGCUACACGUGCCUGAUCUGCAAGGGAUGCAUCUGCAGCAACAACACAGUUUGUUAGAUCAGAAAGGAGUAAUUUUGUAAUUUUCUGAAUUUAGUUCUGAACUUGGUUUUUACCUAUUGCUGCAACCAACUGUCGAUCAUCUUCUGAAGAAGUGUCGUAGCUUUCAUCGUCUUCACCUGUUGCAUUCAGGUGAUCAGAUGUAAUUCAAAUUUUACUUUUCUUAUCACAAAUGACAGAACAUGUCAUAACCAUGUAUACGUACUGAAUUGUAAACCUAUGUGUUGGGGAGGUACCUGAUUCACUCA